AUGGAAAAUUUUAUGAAACUCUUUGCUGUACUUCUUUUUGUGAUUCUGAGUGUGCGUGAUGUGUCUUUGGCAAGAACAGAGAAUAGUGAGAAUAAGAAGAUUACCUACAUUGUUCAUGUUGCCAAAUCCACAAUGCCAACAAGCUUCAACCACCAUUCAAUAUGGUACAAAUCAAUUGUGAAGUCGGUAUCCGAGUCAGCUGAAGUGCUCUACGCCUAUGAUAAGGCAAUAAAUGGAUUCUCAACAAGUUUGACAGUUGAAGAACAUCAGUUACUAAAGAGCCAACCAGGGAUUCUAAAGGUGACACCAGAUAAAAAGUACAAACUCCACACAACUCGAACGCCGGAGUUUCUCGGGCUUGAUAAAAUUGCUAGUUUGUUCCCCGGGACAAACAAAAGUAGUGAUGUAAUUGUGGGACUCCUAGACACAGGUGUAUGGCCUGAAAGCAAGAGCUUCGAUGAUACUGGAUACGGGCCAAUCCCGCGCGAUUGGAGAGGAAAAUGUGAAACAGGUACAAAUUUUACAACAUCUAAUUGUAAUAAGAAAUUGAUUGGUGCCAGAUUCUUUGCAAAGGGUUUCGAGGCAUCUGUGGGUCCAAUGAAUGAAACCAUCCUGUCUAGAUCGCCUCGAGACGAUGCAGGCCAUGGAACUCACACCGCGAGCACAGCUGCAGGAUCUGCGGUGGAAAACGCUGGUCUUUUUGGCUAUGCCAAUGGGACUGCACGCGGGAUGGCAAUUGGCGCCAGAGUUGCUAUCUAUAAGGUUUGUUGGAAAGAUUUAUGUACUGGUUCGGAUAUAUUGGCUGCAAUAGAUCAGGCCAUUGCUGACAAUGUCAAUAUUCUUUCAUUGUCGCUUGGAGGUCCAUCACGUGAUUACUUUAAGGAUAACAUUGCAAUCGGAGCCUUUGCAGCAACGGAACAUGGCAUUCUAGUCUCAUGCUCAGCAGGAAAUUCUGGUCCUACUCCUUCAAGUGUCACUAAUGUAGCACCCUGGAUUACCAAUGUGGGAGCUGGAACACUCGAUCGAGAUUUCCCUGCACACGUCAGUCUCGGAAAUGGUAAAAAUUAUUCAGGUGUGUCCCUUUAUAAAGGCAAUAAUUUGCCGGAUACUCCCAUGCCGUUCAUAUAUGCAGGAAAUGCAUCCAACCAAGAAGACGAAAAAGGUGCUGGGAGAUGUCUUCCAGAUAGCUUGGCUCCGGAAAAAGUAGAAGGAAAGAUUGUGUUGUGUGAUUCUGGAUAUUUAUCUAGAGUAGCCAAAGGAAAUACAGUGAAAUCUGCUGGUGGUUUGGGCAUGGUGUUAGCCAACACUGAGACGGACGGAGAAAUACCUCGAGCAGAUGCCCAUAUUUUGCCAGCAACUGCCGUUGGCUUCACGGAUGGCGAAGCUAUCAAGAAAUUCUUAUUUUCUGAUCCAAAUCCUACAAGUACAAUUGUGUUUGAAGGAACAAAGCUUGAGGUUAAGCCGUCUCCGGUUGUUGCAUAUUUCAGUUCACGAGGCCCGAAUUAUAUAACCCCACAAAUAUUGAAGCCUGAUUUUAUUGCUCCUGGUGUAAACGUCCUAGCAGCUUAUUCAAAAAAUGCGAGUCCCACAAGCUGGGAAUCUGAUCCUAGACGCGUAGAUUUCAACAUUCUAUCAGGCACAUCCAUGUCAUGCCCACAUGUAAGUGGACUAGCAGCUCUAAUCAAGUCCAUUCAUCCAGAUUGGAGCCCGGCCGUCAUUCGAUCCGCGUUGAUGACAACCGCUUACACAACUUACAAAAACAAUCAAACAUUAUUGGACAGUGCAACCAACAAGCCAGCAACUCCAUUUGAGUUUGGUGCUGGACAUGUCGACCCUGUUUCCGCUCUAAAUCCCGGACUUGUCUAUGAUUUAACUUCCGAUGACUAUUUGAGCUUCCUCUGUGCAUUGAACUACUCAUCUGUUAAUAUCGAAAUUGUGGCGAGGAGAAACUACACAUGCGAUCCCAAGAAACAAUACAGCGUAACAAACCUUAAUUAUCCUUCAUUCGCCGUGGUCUUUGAGGGUGGGGAUAAUGUGAUUAAACACAGUCGGACUCUUACAAAUGUGGGUGAGGCAGGAACAUACAAGGUAUCUGUUAAAUCAGAUGUUCCAUUCGUCAAAAUCUCGGUUGAACCAGAAGUGUUAAGUUUUAAGAAAAAUGAGAAAAAAUCGUACAUAGUUACAUUUACUACAUCACCUUCCAAACAAAAUAUUACUCAAACUUUUGGAAGUUUGGUAUGGACUGAUGGAAAAACCGGUGUUAGAAGUCCUAUAGCGUUUAGUUGGAAAUUACAUUGA